AUGAAAACUAAACAUACGACAGCCUUAGAUAAAAACAUCCGAUAUUGUCAAAACACAGAUGAAAUCACGCACAGUAUUACUGAACUCAAACAAAUCAUUCUAAACCUGAAGGCAAUAUUAGAAUCCAAUGAUAUCUCCCUAAUCGCUACCUACAAAUCCAGGAAUAACGAGUUCAGAAGAUUGCCUCCUAAAGUCCGAGUUAUAUUACCAAGUUCCUCUCCUCAGAAAAUAAACAUAGACCAACUCCGUCAAAUGUUUGGUUCUUUGUCACCAUCAUCCAUUUACACAGAAGAACAUGGCGAACUAAUGAAGUCACCAGAAGCUAUAUCAUCUUCUGCAGUCAAACCAAUGAAAUCAGCAGAAGCUGUGUCAUCUCCUCCAGUCAAACCAAUGAAGUCACCAGAAGCUGUGUCAUCUCCUCCACUCCUCAACCUCCAGAGUAAACUACUGACAUCAAUACAAACUGAGUCAGGGGAACAACCACGGGACAUAGCAGUGACCCGGGACGGAGAUCUUAUUUAUACUAACUGUUGCAAUGUAAACUUAGUUAAGAAUAAACAGAUACAGACCAUGAUCACAGCAGAGGAGUGGAGACCUAUCAAUUUCUACAGUACCUCCUCUGAUGAUCUCCUAGUUAUCAUGAUCAGUGAUGAUAAAACACAAUCCAAAGUUGUGCGUUACUCUACCUUCACAGAGACACAAAGCAUCCAGUUUGAUGAUCAGGGUCGUCCUCUCUAUUCAUCUGGUUAUAAUGAAAAAUACAUCAGUUAG